CACGAAGAACAACUGUUUACUUGCCCUCAUGGUAGAUUAUGUGUUGAAGGUCUGCUUGCAGUGUGAUUGAAUGUCAAAGUUAUUUUAUCCACGAUGAAGCUUUAUCGGACUUUACAGAAUGCUGUGAAAUUCAGGUCGGCGUUUGAUUUCGGCGAGAGGGAAGUGGCGCAUUGGUUUCCCGGUCAUAUGGCAAAAGGACUCAAGCAGAUGAGAGCAAACCUGAAGAAUGUUGACUGCAUCAUAGAAAUCCACGACGCCAGAAUUCCUUACUCCGGGAGAAACCCUCUCUUUCAGGAGUCGUUAGACAUCCGUCCCCACCUAUUAGUCCUGAACAAAGUGGACUUGGCGGACACCUCAAAUAAGCACAGCAUUAUAAGACGGCUGGAGAAAGACGGCAUCAGGAACGUCAUUUUCACUGAUUGUUUGAGGCAGCGGGAUGACAACGUGAAAAAGGUAGUUCCUCAGGUGGUCGAGCUGAUCGAGAAUCGUCCACGUUUUCACAGAGAUGAGGAGAGGAGCUACUGCCUCAUGGUGAUCGGAGUUCCCAACGUUGGAAAGUCGUCGUUCAUCAACGCCCUACGAAGAACCAACCUGAAGAAAGGUAAAGCGUCCAGAGUUGGUGCUGAGCCUGGCAUCACUAAAGCUGUGUUGACCAAAAUCCAGGUGUGUGAGCGUCCGGUGAUGCACCUGGUGGAUACUCCAGGGGUCCAGCCACCUGGCAUUGAGAGUGUGGAGACAGGGAUGAAGCUAGCCCUGUGUGGCACCAUCCUUGACCAUCUAGUUGGAGAGGACGUGAUUGCGGACUACCUGCUGUUCACCCUUAACAGAUUAGAGAGAUUCAGCUAUGUGGAGAAGUACGGGCUGGAGGAACCCUGUGACAGCAUCGAGCAGGUACUGAAGCGCAUCGCCAUCAAGCUGGGCAAGACGCAGCGUGUCAAAGCCAUCACUGGAGUGGGCAACAUCACCAUCACGGUCCCCAACUACACAGCGGCGGCCUACGACUUCAUCCGCGCCUUCAGGAAGGGCGAGCUCGGCCAGGUCAUGCUGGACUAGUCCAUGUGGACGACCUGGGAGCCCCCUGGGAUGACCCCACAUGGUACGACCUGGGAGCCACGGCAACAGCAGCUGUCCGGUUAGGCCUUUGCAAGGUCUCGGUCGGGCAUGCCAUGCCAGCCAUGCCAUUUGAUUGACGGGUAAAGUGCAAAGACUUAAGUCUCAAGUCUAACUAAAGCUAAUUCAGUAACUAGACCAAAUUUGCUAAUUUAACACUAUGGGCAAGACAUUGAAGCUCAAACAUUGAUGAGUCAGCUCAAACAUUGAUGAGUCAGCUCAAUGCUCCUAUACGUCACACAAUAGCUCUAGUACAUACUUGAGAACUUUGCUUGCUGACAGACUUUGCACUUUGACCGCCAAACAGUAGGUCCCAUUAUGUGGAGAUCUCUAUGGUGUCUUCAUGGGGCUCAAUAUAAAUGUUAGCAGGAGUAAGUGCUGUAUAUAAUAGUAUACUGUAUAUAGUGCUGUAUAAAAUAGUAUACUGUAAGUAUGUUAAUGAGGAGGUUCACAUCAACAGCAAUAAAUUAUUUAUUUUCA